CCUACUUUGAAUUUUGGGAGAAUGAGCGUGACACCCCGAGAUCUCUUUUUUUAGUAAUUAAAAAAAAAUUAGCGACGGAAAGGUGUCAUACACUCAUGUUUACAUAUAUAUAGGAUUUUAAUUUUACACGUGUAGAUAUGCGAACUAGGUUGCAACAAAAGGGAAAUUGGCAAAGGUAGCAAAUCUCCCUUAAUCCAAACUUACAAAAACAAAGAUAGAACGAUAGGAAAGAGGAUCUCAAAGCCAUGACGAAACGCUCCUAACCAAUCACAACAAUCCAACUCAGCUUCUGUACUCCAUCUCCCUUAUCCACCCAAAUUCUGCAUUUCCACCACUAAUCCAUCCCUCCCAGAAUCUAAAAACCAUCUCUGCACAUCUUCCAAUAUCUCUGUUUCCUCCUCUUUUGCCUUUUCUCUUUACUGUAAUAAGAACCAAGAAAUCAAGAAAAGGAAAAUGUCUCUUACAAUACCUGCCAAUCUCUCAAAACCCAUGUUGAAGCCAAAACUUGGCCCUUCAUUAUCAGCUUCUUCGUCAAGAUCCAUUAUUGUAUGCUCUGCCUCUCAAACCCCAGAAAAAGACUCCUCUAAAUCACCACUCCAAGCUUUCUCCGCCGCGCUUGCCCUGUCUUCUAUCCUCUUAUCUGCCCCACUCCCCGCCUUGGCUGACAUCUCCGGCCUCACACCAUGCAAAGAAUCCAAACAGUUCGCUAAACGCGAGAAGCAGCAAAUCAAGAAGCUGGAAAAUUCUUUGAAGGUGUAUGCUCCUGAUAGCGCACCUGCUUUGGCGAUCAAGGCAACGAUAGAGAAGACGAAACGCAGAUUCGAUAACUAUGGGAAACAGGGUUUGUUAUGUGGGUCUGAUGGGCUUCCUCAUUUGAUUGUGAGCGGUGACCAGAGGCACUGGGGUGAGUUCAUCACUCCUGGGAUCUUGUUCUUGUAUAUUGCAGGGUGGAUUGGGUGGGUUGGUAGGAGUUAUUUGAUCGCUAUAAGAGGUGAGAAGAAGCCAGCAAUGAAGGAGAUCAUCAUUGAUGUUCCUUUGGCUACCAGCUUGAUUUUCAGAGGAUUUUCUUGGCCUGUUGCUGCUUACAGAGAGUUCGUUAAUGGUGACCUUGUGGUCAAGGAUGUUUAAAUUUAUGUAUCUUCAAACCUCAGAGAGAUAGGGAUGUGGAGGCCAAGGGGUUAUGUAGAGGAUUGCUUUGCCCUAAUGAGGAAUUUCAUGGAAAAUUACUCCUCUUUUAUUUGUGAACAUUUACUUGUAUGUAUCUAAUGCUUGUACGUGUUGGGACACUGGAAAAUUGUUUGCUGUCGCCAUUGGGUUAGGAUGGAUAUCAUCCUUUAUCAACUUUUAUAGUCUCUUAUGCAAAAUGUUAUAUCAAGCCUUUAUGCCAAAGUAUGAAAGAUUUUUCUUUAA